AUGCGCCAGUCAACUCGAUAUUAUUUGCUCGUUUUCGCGACUGUGCUCAUACUGGCCGCCCUGGCACUCCUACACAGCGGAGGGACGUCCGUGCGUCUAGCAAAUGCGAGCCUCGAACGGCUGUGUGGGACCGCCGGCUUUAGCGGAGGCGCCUACCUUGAUCAGAAGAAGCCGGCGGUGAACAGCGACGACGAGUCGGUCUCCGAAGGUGAACUUGCAUUUGGUUUGCAUGUUCAGGAACUCGCCAGAACGUGGAAUCAGCAUGAGACCAAAUUCAUCAGGGGGCGACCAGGUUUCAUGAUGUUCCAGAACCUGUAUCUCCACAAUGGGACUUUCUAUGCCAUCACGUCUCUUCCAGAGUCGAUACCCGAGAGUUCGAGGGUUCUGUGCGACCCGCCUGUUCCAAGGGAAAAGUGGGUUGACCACCCUCCAGCAACGGCCCAGCGAUGGCAGGUGCUCACCCCUGCUGAGGCCGAACAAGUCCUUGGCAAGCGCUCAGCUGGAGUUCUGGCUGGUACUACAUUUCUCUUCAACGACGGACCGGGAAAGGAAGGCUUUUUGGGACACUACUUUCACUUUGUAGCCGAAGCAUUCGCUGGUGCGUGGCGGGUAUAUACAUCCUCACCUUUAUCCCUUCUUCGGAAUACCGCUGCCGACAUCGUAUUUCCCUCACGCUUCAUGCUGCCUCGAGGGGACGACUGGAGAGAUGUCCGGGCCAACCUUAACACAUGGUUCCUGAACACGGUCCUCCCCAACACGGCCGUGGAGGAUAUCUAUCAAUGGGAAGACCGCGCCAAGUCGAAUUCGGUGCAUGUAUUUUCCGAGAUCAUCAUUGUCGACCGAUGGACUGCACACCGAGUCCCAGGGAGUGAAGCGCAGGUGUGGAACAAGAUGACCGCCGAUAUCAUGGCCUCCCCGGCGCCUUUCGACUGGUGGUCGCCUCUCCGACACUCGCUGAUGCAAAGGAUCGGCAUCGAAGGAAAUGCGCGGAACAGACCCGUCAUCACCUACAUCGAUCGGCAGGCCACAGGGCGGAAACUCGUCCAAGAAGACCACGACGCCUUUGUCACGGCGCUCGCCAAGUUCGGCGAGGACCACGACGUCGAGAUCAACUCCGUGCAGAUGGAGCACCUCUCCAAGGCGGAGCAAUUCGACAUCGGCACACGGACGGAUAUUAUGGUGGGCGUGCAUGGGAACGGGCUGUCGCACCAGAUGUGGAUGAAAGCGGGUGGGACGGUGCUGGAAUUCUACGAUACAGGCGGUUUUAUGCGGGAUUAUCAACUGCUGGCCGAAGCGAUGCACCACACCCACUACGUUAUCUGGAACGACACCAUCCACGAUAAAUGGCGGGAGAACAAGAAAACAUUGAUGACGAAGAACUUCAACAACGUGCAUUUGCACACGCCAUUCGUGAUCGAGUUGCUAGAUUCUUUGGUCAAACAGAUGAGGGGCUGA